CUUCCAUUGGUAUCACAACUCAAGCUCAUCCCCAUCCAUGGCCAUUCUCUCCAACUUCUUAAACUCUUCAUCUCCGCUGCAAUCUGUUACCACGGCCACCACCAUAGAAUCCUUAGAAUCAUCUAUUCAUGACGUCGUGAAACUCUAUGAAAGGCGUCGAAAAUGGCGAGCUCUCUUCUUCUCCCCCAUUCCAAAUAACUUUGACGCAUUUUCGUCAUGGAGAGUCCAUUUAAUCACUUUCCUUGAAUCCACACCUGCUCAUAUCAUCACCAUUUUUCUCCUCGUAAUGGACCUUAUCAUCACCGUCCUCGAACUUUCGUCUUCGUUAAUAUCUUGUGGCUCACACGGGAAAGAUGAAGAAAAAGCUUCGUACUUUCAUUGGGUGAGCAUUUCCAUCUUGAGCUUUCUCUCUGCAAAGACGGCAGCUCUGAUGCUGGGGUUGGGUCGUUCGUUUUUUAGACGACCAGGUUGCGUCGUGGAUGGCGUGGUGGCCAUUGUGGCGUUGGUUUUGGAGGUGGUGGCGGAGAGGAAAGGGGGCGGAGUGAUAAUGGUGGCGAGUUUGUGGAGGCUUGUAAGGGUGGUGGAGAGUGCUUUUGAGAUAAGUGAUGAUACCAUUGAAGUGAAGAUUGAAGGAAUAGUUUGGGAGUUAGAGAAAAUGAAAGAAGAAAUAAGAAGAGAGAAAGAAAAGGAUACGAUAGAGAUGCUUCAAGGGAAGAGUUGAAUCAUUUGUGAAAAUUAUAAUUCUCAAGUAAACUUUUAUAUAA